CUAAUAUCGGCAGGACAGCAGAAGCGCCUCUCCGCUGCUCGCUGUCAGUGGUGGCUUUCGGAGACUAGGCAGGCUCUUCUACAGCCAUGGCCGAAGGUGGUGAAGGGGAAGAUGAGAUUCAGUUCUUACGAACUGAUGAUGAAGUGGUGCUGCAGUGUGUCGCCGCCAUCCAGAAAGAGAAUCGCAAAUUCUGCCUCUCAGCAGAAGGACUCGGCAACCGCCUGUGUUAUCUGGAGCCCACAUCAGAGGCGAAGUAUUUUCCUCCUGACUUAUGCAUCUGUAACUUUGUGCUGGCGCAAUCGCUCUCGGUAAGGGCUUUGCAGGAGAUGCUAGCAGGGCAGAGCGGUGAAGAGAGGUUUAUAAGACGGGCAGCCCAGGGAGGCGGACAUCGGACACUGCUGUACGGUCACGCCAUCCUCCUCAGGCAUUCCUUCAGUGGAAUGUUUCUGACGUGUCUGAAGACUUCCAGGUCUUUAACAGACAAGCUGUCUUUUGAUGUUGGCCUACGAGAAGUUUCAACUGGUGAGGCUUGUUGGUGGACAAUUCACCCCGCAUCCAAGCAGAGGUCAGAAGGUGAGAAGGUCCGCAUUGGGGAUGACCUCAUCUUGGUCAGUGUGUCCUCAGAGAGGUACCUGCACCUCUCCAUGUCUAACGGAAGCAUUCAGGUGGAUGCUUCUUUCAUGCAAACACUGUGGAAUGUUCAGCCUACCUGCUCCAGAGCUAACAUAGCAGUGGGGUAUCUGCUUGGUGGACAAGUUAUGCGUCUGUUUCAUGGGCACGAUGAGAGUCUCACUAUACCAGGAUCUGACCAAAGUGCAGAGCAACAGAGAGUGGUAAACUAUGAAACUGGAAAAGGGGGGUCCAAGGCCAGGUCUUUAUGGAGACUGGAGCCUCUUCGGAUAAGUUGGAGCGGGAGCCACAUUAGAUGGGGUCAGCCCUUCCGUCUACGCCAUCUCUCCACCGGUCACUACCUGGGUCAGACAGAAGAUCACGGACUGAUAUUACUGGACACAAAGAAGUCUGACACAGCUGCCACUGCCUUCUGCUUUAGGCCAAGCAAGGAAAAGGUUGAGUCUGGUCCAAAGCGUGAUAUUGACGGCAUGGGAGUUGCCGAGAUCAAAUACGGCGAUUCCUCCUGUUUCGUCAUGCACGUGUCCACGGGACUGUGGCUCUCCUACCAGGCACCUGAUGCUAAAUCCUCUCGUCUGGGACCGCUGAAGAGAAGGGCCGUCCUCUCUCUGGAGGGUCAUAUGGAUGAUGGGCUUAUUCUGCAGCUCUGUCAGCAUGAGGAGUCCCGGGCGGCUCGCAUCAUUCGGAACACCACUCAUCUCUUCACUCAGUUCAUCAGGGGUCUGGAUUAUUUGACUGGAGAAAAGGCCUCAGAGGUGAAUCUGCCGGUGGUGGAAGUCCUGCAGACGCUCAAUGACCUCAUCGUUUACUUCCAGCAGCCGGAUUCUGAGCUGGAGCACGAGGAGAAACAGAGGCAGCUCAGAUCCAUCAUCAAGCGACAAGAUCUUUUUAAAGAGGAGGGAAUGCUAACUCUGAUCUCAAUCUGCAUUGAUCGGCUAAACCUGUACAACAGUGCUGCUGAGUUUGAGGAGUUAGCAGGCGAGGAGGCUGGAGAGGCAUGGAAAGACAUUCUCAACCUCCUUUAUGAGCUUCUGGCUGCUCUGAUCCGAGGAAACAGGACCAACUGCACACAGCUCUCUCGCAAGCUGGAUUGGCUAGUCAGCAAGCUGGAGCGAUUGGAGUCCUCAUCAGGUAUUUUGGAGGUACUUCAUUGUAUCCUCAUCGAGAGUCCAGAAUCUCUUAACAUCAUCCAGAAGGCCCACAUCAAAUCCAUCAUCUCCCUUCUGUACAAGCAUGGGCGCAACCACAAGAUUCUAGAUGUUCUUUGUUCCCUUUGCGUCUGCAACGGUGUGGCUGUGAGAGCCAAUCAGAAUUUCAUCUGUGACCACCUGCUUCCCAGAAGAGACCUGCUGCUCCAAACGCGAUUGGUCAACGAUGUUCAAAGUAUGAGACCUAACAUCUUUCUGGGCAUGAGUGAGGGCUCAGCCCAGUAUAAGAAGUGGUACUUUGAGCUGAUCAUUGAUCAAGUAGACCACUAUGUGACCAGUGAGCCCACCCACCUUCGCGUCGGCUGGGCCACCACCAAAGGCUACGCCCCCUAUCCUGGGGGUGGAGAGGGUUGGGGAGGAAAUGGUGUGGGUGAUGACCUUUACUCCUACAGUUUUGAUGGGCUUUAUCUUUGGUCAGGACGAAUCCCACGAGCCGUGGCCUCUGUAAACCAGCACCUGCUGAACUCAGACGAUGUGGUGAGCUGCUGUCUGGAUCUCGGAGCCCCCAGUAUGUCUUUCCGAAUUAACGGCCAGCCGGUGCAAGGCAUGUUUGAAGACUUCAACGUAGAUGGCUUCUUCUUUCCUGUCGUCAGUUUUUCUGCAGGGGUCAAGGUUCGCUUCCUGUUGGGUGGUCGCCACGGAGACUUCAAGUUCCUGCCUCCAGCAGGAUACGCACCAUGUUACGAAGCCCUACUCCCUAAAGAAACGAUGCGCGUGGAGCCUGUCAAGGAGUAUAAAAGAGAUCUUGAAGGAGUGAGAGAUCUUUUGGGCACUACAGAGUUCCUCUCUCAGGCUUCGUUCAUUCCUGUUCCUGUUGACACCAGUCAGAUCGUCCUGCCUCCACAUCUCGAAAACGUGAGGGACAAGUUAGCUGAGAACAUCCACGAGCUGUGGGGGAUGAACAAAAUAGAGCUUGGAUGGACAUACGGCAAGGUUCGAGAUGACAACAAGAGGCAGCACCCUUGCCUUGUUGACUUUUCCAAAUUACCAGAAACCGAAAAGAAUUAUAACCUGCAAAUGUCAACAGAAACGUUGAAGACUCUGCUUACAUUGGGCUGUCAUGUUGCCCAAGUCAACUUAAAUGCUGAAGAAGAUUUAAAAAGACUCAAGCUCCCUAAGAACUACAUGAUGACAAAUGGAUAUAAACCUGCACCACUGGGUCUUUCUGAUGUGAGACUGACACCUGAUCAGGAGAUUCUAGUUGAUAAACUGGCUGAAAAUGCUCAUAAUGUUUGGGCUAAAGAUCGCAUCAAACAAGGUUGGACCUAUGGUAUCCAGCAGGAUUUAAAAAAUCGGCGUAAUCCACGGCUGGUGCCAUAUGCUUUAUUAGAUGAACGUACUAAGAAAUCGAACAGAGAUAGUCUUCGGGAGGCCAUCCGAACUCUGAUUGGAUACGGAUAUUACAUAGACCCACCAGAUCAAGAGACAGCACACAAAUCAGAGGUUGGCAUUGAGUCCAUCCGUCUGUUCCGCGUGGAGAAGACGUAUGCCGUGAAGACAGGAAAGUGGUAUUUUGAGUUUGAGGCUUUGACUGGAGGUGACAUGAGAGUGGGAUGGGCCCGGCCUGGCUGCAGACCUGAUGUGGAACUGGGAAUAGAUGACCAGGCAUUUGUCUUUGAUGGCUACAGGGGUCGUCGAGUGCAUAUGGGCAGUCAUUUCUUUGGUAGGACAUGGAGUAGAGGAGAUGUGGUGGGGUGUAUGAUCAAUAUGGAGGACAAGUCCAUGAUAUUCACGCUAAAUGGAGAGAUCGUGAUUACCAACAAGGGUUCUGAGCUCUGCUUUGCUGAUUUUGAAACCGAAGAAGGGUUCAUCCCAGUAUGCAGCCUAGGUCUUUCCCAAAUUGGACGCAUGAACUUGGGAAAGGAUGCUAGUACUUUUAAGUAUUACACCAUGUGUGGCCUUCAGGAGGGCUUUGAACCCUUCGCCGUCAACAUGAAACGAGAUGUCACCAUGUGGUUCAGCAAACGCCUGCCUACGUUUGUUAAUGUGCCAGAGGACCAUCCUCAUAUUGAGGUUACUAGAAUAGAUGGCACUGUGGACUCUCCUCCAUGUCUAAAAGUGACCCACAAGACAUUUGGCACCCAGACCAGCAACGACGACAUGAUCUUCUGCCGUCUGAGCAUGCCCGUUGAGUUCCAUCCUGGUCCUCGGAAAAUGGAUAUCAAUGAGGUGAUCGAGCAAAGACCAAAGGACGAUGGAGGAAAGAUCGAUAAUGGCAUCAUUACGAAGUACUUCUACUCUGUGAAAAUAUUUGCCGGACAGGACCCAGCAUCAGUGUGGGUGGGCUGGGUAACACCGGACUAUCAUUACUACAGCAAAAACUUUAACCUCAGUAAAGUUCGAACUGUCACCGUCACACUGGGCGACGAACGUGGACGUGUUCACGAGAGUGUGAGGAGAAGUAAUUGUUACAUGGUGUGUGCUGGUGAUGUUGCCACCGGCUCCACAGGCCGUAGUAACACUGAUCUGGAAAUCGGAUGCUUCAUAGAUCUGGCCUCAGGACUGGUUUUAUUUUUCGCUAAUGGCAGAGAGUUACCUACUGCAUACCAGGUCGAACCUAACUCAAAACUAUUCCCCGCUGUGUUUGUUCAACCCACAAGUCCCAAUCUCUUCCAGUUUGAUUUUCCCAAAAUCCCAGAAGCCAUGCCGCUGUCUUCAGCCAUCUUUAAGAGUUUAAAGAGGAACCCAGAACCCCAGUGUCCCCCACGGCUGAAUGUGCAGACCAUCAUGUCUGUGCUGUGGAGCAGGAUGCCCAACACCUUCCUGUCGGUGGAGACCGCGCGGGUGAGCGAGAGGCACGGCUGGGUGGUGCAGUGUCUGGAAACUCUACAGAUGAUGGCCGUUCAUAUCCCAGAGGAGAACAGGUGUAUAGACAUCAUGGAGUUGUCAGAAAACGAGGAUCUCCGCCAGUUCCACUAUCACACAUUAAAGCUAUUCUGCGCCCUGUGCGCCCUGGGCAACACCCGUGUAGCUCACGCCCUCUGCAGCCAUCUCGACCAAUCGCAGCUCCUGUACACCAUUGACAACCAGUACCUGACCGGUCAGCUCCGUGAAGGCUUCUACGACGUCCUGAUCAGUAUUCACUUGGAGACAGCUAAAGAGUCCCAUCUCAUGAUGAAGAAUGAGUUUAUCAUCCCCGUGACGGAGGAGACGCGCAGCAUUCGUCUUUUCUCUGACGAAUCCAAGUGCCACUCUCUCCCAGGAGUGGGUCUGAGCACCUCGAUCACUCCUCGCCUCAACUUUACCCCUCCGUGCUUCAUUAACACCAAACGUGAGCAGCCUCUCUUCAGCCCACAGAUCCCUCUGGGUAUCCUAAAAGAGAAAGCCAUCACUAUGCUCACGGAAGCAGUGCAGGGCGGUGGUAACCACAUACGGGAUCCCGUGGGCGGAAGCGUUAAGUAUCAGUUCGUUCCGAUUCUGAAGGUGAUUGGCACUCUGCUUAUCAUGGAUGCCAUGACCAGUGAGGAGGUGAGGACCGUCCUGCUCCUCAUCGACCCCAGUGUGUUCGGAGACAGGAAGGAGGAGGAGGAACAUUUGGCGCUGGCGGAGCAGGGAGCUGAAAAAGAGGAAGCCAGCAGUAAUGAAGAGAAGGCCGUGGAGGCCGGAGAAGAGGAGGGUAAGGAAUCGAAACAGCUCCCCAAAGGUCUUCUGGAGAAGAGCUUGCCUGAACCAGUCAAGCAGCAGAUGUGUGAGCUACUCCACUUUUUCUGCGACUGUGAGUUGAAGCAGCGCAUUGAGGCUAUCGUGGCCUUCUCAGAUGAUUUUGUGUCCAAGUUGCAGUACAAUCAAAAGUUUCGCUACAAUGAGCUGAUGCUAGCCCUCAACAUGUCGGCUGCUGUCACUGCCAAGAAGACUAGAGAGUUCCGAUCACCCCCUCAAGAACAGAUAAACAUGCUGCUAAACUUCAGUGCUGGAGAUGACUGCACCUGUCCCGAGGAGCUGCAAGAUGAGCUUCAAGGCUUUCAUGAUGAUCUGCGGCUACAUUGUGGCAUCCCUAUGGAAGAAGAGGAGGAAGAGCAGGACACAUCUCUUAAAGGCCGUCUGAUGGCCAUCAUAUACAAGAUCAAGGGUCCUCCUCAAAAAACAGAAGAACCAACCGAGAAAGAACAAGCUGCUCCAACAAAUCUGAAGGAGCUGAUAUCUCAGACCAUGGUCAGCUGGGCACAGGAAUGCAAAAUCCAAGACCCAGUGCUGGUUCGCAGCAUGUUCAGUCUUUUGAGGAGACAGUACGAUGGGGUUGGAGAGCUGCUUAGGGCUUUGAGGAAGAGCUACACCAUCAGUACCAUGUCUGUAGGGGACGCCAUCAACCUGCUGGCCUCUCUGGGCCAGAUUCGGUCGCUGCUCAGUGUCCGCAUGGGGGAAGAGGAGGGCCAGCUCAUGAUUGACGGCCUGGGGGACAUCAUGAACAACAAAGUGUUUUACCAGCAUCCAAAUUUGAUGCGUGUUCUGGGCAUGCACGAGACCGUGAUGGAGGUCAUGGUCAAUGUGCUGGGAGGAGACAAGAAUAAGGAGAUCGCCUUUCCCAAAAUGGUGGCCAGCUGUUGCCGUUUCCUCUGCUACUUCUGUCGCAUCAGCCGUCAGAAUCAGAAGGCUAUGUUUGACCACUUGAGCUACCUACUUGAGAACAGCAGCGUGGGACUGGCCUGCCCGACCAUGAGAGGCUCCACACCAUUGGAUGUGGCCGCUUCCUCUGUGAUGGACAAUAACAGCCUUGCUUUGGCACUAGAAGAACCUGAUCUUGAAAAGGUGGUGACAUAUCUAGCUGGCUGUGGGCUGCAGAAUUGCCCGAUGCUCAUAGCCAGAGGAUACCCAGACAUUGGCUGGAACCCAAUAGAGGGAGAACGCUAUUUGUCUUUCCUCCGCUUUGCUGUCUUUGUCAAUGGUGAAAGUGUUGAGGAGAACGCUAACGUAGUUGUGAAGCUGUUAAUCAGACGCCCGGAGUGCUUUGGACCUGCUCUUAGAGGAGAGGGAGGACAAGGCUUGCUUGCUGCCAUGAAGGAAGCCAUUAAAAUCUCAGAAGAUCCUGCCUUAGACCUGCCCAAAUUACCUCAGGGGGUCACACCCACGGUAGGGCAAGAUGAAGAGGAGGAGGAGGAGGUCCCACAUAUGGGCAACUCUAUUAUGUCCUUCUAUUCAGCCCUUAUUGAUCUUCUGGGCCGCUGUGCACCUGAGAUGCAUCUUAUUAACAAAGGCAAAGGUGAAGCAUUGCGUAUCCGUGCCAUUCUGCGUUCUUUGGUGCCCAUUAAAGAUUUGGUCGGAAUCAUCAGUAUUCCCCUCAAAAUACCAGUCGUGAAUAAAGACGGCAGCGUAACUGAGCCGGACAUGAAUGCUAGCUUCUGUCCAGAGCACAAGGGACCCAUGGUGCUUUUCCUGGACCGUGUCUAUGGUAUUGAUGACCAAAGCUUCUUGCUGCACCUGCUGGAGGUGGGCUUCCUGCCAGACCUGCGAGCAUCAGCCUCCUUGGACUCGGAGGUGCUCAGAACCACAGAAACGGCGCUGGCCAUGAAUAGAUACAUAGGCUCCGCAGUGCUUCCUCUUUUAACGCGCUGUGCUCAUCUGUUCGCUCACACAGAGCACUACGCACCUCUUAUUGACUCUACGCUGCACACCAUCUAUCGUCUCUCCAAGGGCCGCUCGCUCACCAAGGCCCAGAGAGAUGCUAUUGAGGAAUGUCUGCUGGCCAUCUGCGAGCAUCUGAGGCCAUCAAUGCUACAGCAGCUGUUGCGUCGUCUCGUGUUUGAUGUCCCACAGCUUACAGAGUACUGCCAGAUGCCCAUUAAGCUUUUGACCAAUCACUACGAGCAGAAUUGGAAGUACUACUGUCUGCCAACAGGCCUGGGCAGCUCUGGUAUGGCAUCAGAGGAGGAACUUCACCUUACUAAGAAACUCUUCUGGGGACUUUUUGACGCUCUUUCUCAGAAGAAAUACGAUGGUGAGCUUUUCAAAAUGGCCAUGCCGUGUUUGAGCGCCAUAUCUGGGGCCAUUCCCCCCGACUACGUAGAUUCCAGCUCAGGUUCUACGUUGGUUAAACAAGCCUCUGUUGAUGCCCAAGGCAACUUUGACCCCCAGCCAAUUAACACGUCUAACAUCUCCCUGGCUGAAAAAUUAGAUUAUAUAGCAAACAAGUACGCAGCGCAUUCCCAUGAGAAAUGGUCCUCUGAGAAGAUCGCUCUUGGCUGGACCGCGGGAGAUAGAGUAGACGACAAAGCUAAAACUCACCCGCUUUUAAAACCUUACAAAGCACUGAGUGAAAAGGAACGGGAAACAUAUCGCUAUCCAGUGAAAGAGACUCUGAAGAGCAUGUUAGCGAUGGGAUGGAACGUUGAGAGGACCAAAGAAGGGGAAGCAAUGUUUCAGCAAAGAGAAACCGAAAAACAACGCAAGAUAUCAGAGUCUUCCCAGGGUGAAUUUAAACCAACCCCACAGGAUCUGGAGAAUGUCAUUCUGUCAAGAGAACUGCAGGCGAUGGUCGAAACAGUCGCAGAAAAUUACCACAACAUUUGGGCGAAGAAAAAGAAAGUUGAACUUGACAGUAAAGGAGGUGGAAGUCAUCCACUGUUAGUACCUUAUGACACUCUGACUGCUAAGGAGAAGUACAGAGAUAGAGAGAAAGCCCAGGAACUCUUCAGGUUCCUUCAGAUCAAUGGAUAUGCCAUCAGCAGAGGUCUGAAGGACAUGGAGCAAGAUUCAUCGUCUAUGGAGAAGAGGAUUGCCUACAAGUUCCUUAAGAGGCUCCUGAGCUAUGUUGAUUCUGCACAGGAGUUCAUUGCUCAUCUUGAGGCUAUGGCCAGCAGUGGAAAGACUGACAAAUCUCCCCACGAUCAAGAGAUCAAGUUCUUUGCAAAGAUUCUGCUGCCCCUCAUAGACCAGUACUUCAAGAACCACUGCUUGUACCUCAUGUCAUCCCCCAGCAUCAACCUGAGCAGCAGUGGUUAUGCCUCCAACAAAGAGAAGGAGAUGAUCACGAGUCUAUUCUGUAAACUGGCAGCUCUUGUCAGACACAGGAUUUCACUUUUUGGAAGUGACUCUUCCACCAUGGUGAGCUGCUUACACAUACUGUCCCGCUCAUUGGACUUCAGGACUGUGAUGAAGUCCGGCUCCGAGCUGGUGAAGGCUGGUGUCAGGACAUUCUUUGAGAACGCAGCAGAGGACCUGGAGAAGACUCUGGAGAACCUGAAGCUGGGGAAGAUGGGACAGUCCCGCACUCAGAUGAAGGGCGUCAGUCAGAUCAUCAACUACACGUCAGUGGCUCUGCUGCCCAUCCUGACGGUUCUCUUCCAGCAUAUCACCCAGCAUCAGUUUGGAGCCGAACUGCUGUUGGAUGACAUUCAGCUAUCCUGUUAUCGGAUCUUGACCAGCCUCUACUCUCUGGGCACCGGCAAAAACAUUUAUGUGGAGAAACAGCUUCCAGUGCUAGGUGAAUGUUUGUCUACUUUAGUUGGAGCCAUGCCUGUGGCCUUCCUGGAACCUCAAUUGAAUAUGCACAACCCCCAAUCUGUUUUCAACUCCAAAACACCAAGAGAAAGAGCAAUUUUAAGCAUGCCAGAUACUGUGGAGGAGAUGUGUCCUGAGAUGCCCGAGCUGGACGGCCUAAUGAAGGACAUGGGUGAGAUAUCAGAAUCGGGUGCACGAUACACUGAGAUGCCACAUGUCAUCGAGGUCAUCCUACCCAUGCUGUGCAACUACCUGUCAUACUGGUGGUCAAAGGGGCCGGAUAACACCCCGGAUGAUGUUCCAUGCUGCACGACAGUCACAUCUGAGCAUCUCAGCCUCAUCCUUGGCAACAUCCUCAAGAUUCUAAACAACAAUUUAGGAAUCGAUAACGCUCCCUGGAUGAAAAGACUCGCAGUUUACACCCAGCCUAUCAUUAGCAAGGCUGGUGCCGAUCUCCUGAGGGCACACUUCCUGCCGACGCUUGAGAAGCUGAAGAAAAAGACUGUAAAAGUGGUGGCUGAGGAAGAGCUUCUUCGGGCUGAAAGCAGAGCAGAGACACAGGAAGCUGAACUACAGAUUCUGGAUGAGUUUGCUGUUCUCUGCAGGGAUCUGUACGCUUUCUAUCCUAUGCUCAUUAGAUACGUGGACAACAACAGAUCCAAAUGGCUGAAGAAACCGGAUUCCGAUUCAACUGAACUUUUCAAAAUGGUGUCCGAGAUUUUCAUCCUUUGGUGUAAAUCACAUAACUUUAAAAGGGAAGAGCAAAAUUUUGUGGUGCAAAAUGAAAUCAACAACCUGGCGUUUCUCACUUCGGACAGCAAGUCUAAGAUGUCAAAGUCUGGAGGUCAGGACCAAGAAAGAAGAGGAAAAAGGAGAAAAGGAGAGUUAUACUCCAUCCAGACUUCCCUCAUUGUAGCGGCUCACAAGAAGAUGCUGCCUAUUGGCCUGAACAUGUGCACUCCGGGAGACCAGGAGCUCAUUUCCCUCGCCAAGAUCCGUUACAGUCUGAAAGACACAGAUGAGGAGGUCAAAGAUCACCUGACAAAGCACCUCCAUCUUCUAGAGAAGUCGGAAGAUCCAGCGGUGCAGUGGCAGUUAAACCUUUACAAAGAUAUUGUGGUGAAGAACGAGGGACAUCCAGAAGUACAGCAACCUGUGGAUAGAAUUCAAUCCAUCUCUGCUGCCGUCUACCACCUCGAUCAGGUGGAGCUGCCCCUGAGGAACAAGAAAAUGGUGUUUCAAAAGCUACUGUCAAAGCAACGCAAGCGUGCCGUCGUGGCUUGUUUCCGCAUGGCACCACUUUACAAUUUACCCAGGCAUCGCUCAAUUAAUCUCUUCCUCAAUGGCUAUCAGAGACUUUGGAUAGAGACAGAAGAGUACUCUUUUGAGGAGAAGCUAGUGCAGGACCUGGCAAAAACUCCCAUGAUUGUGGUAGAGGAAGAGGAGGAAGAGGUGGCUGAAGUUCACCCUGAUCCUCUCCAUCAGCUCAUCCUUCACUUCAGUCACAAUGCUCUGACUGAGAGGAGUUUCCUAGAGGAGGACCCUCUGUAUAUUGCUUACGCUGAUAUGAUGGCAAAGAGCUGUGCCGAGAAUGAAGAAGAGGAAGAAGAGGGGAAAGAAAAAACGUUUGAGGAAAAGGAAAUGGAGAAGCAGAAGAUUUUGUACCAGCAGGCCAGACUUCACGCGCGUGGUGCUGCGGAAAUGGUCCUACAGAUGAUCAGUGCUAGUAAAUGUCGACUUGGUCCCAUGGUGACUGGUACUCUUAAACUGGGCAUUUCUAUUCUGAAUGGAGGCAACGUUCUUGUACAGCAGAAAAUGCUGAAUUAUUUGAAAGAAAAGCGAGAUGCUGGAUUCUUUAAAAGUUUAUCUGGAUUGAUGCAGUCUUGCAGUGUGCUGGAUUUGAAUGCGUUUGAAAGGCAAAAUAAAGCAGAGAGUCUUGGAAUGGUUACUGAAGAGGGCUCAGUCAACUCGAGUGAGCGGGGUUCCAAAGUGCUACAAAAUGAUGAGUUUACAAAGGAUCUAUUCAGGUUUUUGCAACUCCUUUGCGAGGGCCACAAUAAUGAUUUCCAAAACUUCCUCCGGACCCAAACAGGAAAUACUACUACAGUCAACAUCAUCAUUAGCACUGUGGACUACCUCUUACGUCUACAAGAAUCCAUAAGCGAUUUCUACUGGUAUUACUCUGGGAAAGAUGUCAUGGACGAGGCUGGACAACAUAACUUCUCUAAAGCGUUGGCAGUUGCCAAACAGAUCUUUAACUCACUCACCGAGUACAUCCAGGGCCCAUGUAUUGGGAAUCAGCAGAGUUUGGCAAACAGCAGGCUGUGGGAUGCAGUGGUGGGAUUCUUGCAUGUUUUCGCCAAUAUGCAAAUGAAACUAUCGCAGGAUUCUAGUCAAAUCGAGCUACUAAAGGAGCUGAUGGAUUUGCAGAAGGAUAUGGUGGUCAUGUUGUUAUCUCUUCUUGAAGGUAAUGUGGUCAACGGAACAAUCGGCAAGCAGAUGGUCGACACUUUAGUGGAGUCCUCCAGCAACGUGGAAAUGAUCCUGAAAUUCUUCGACAUGUUCCUCAAACUGAAGGACCUAACCACAUCAGAUAACUUCAAGGAGUACGACCCAGACUGCAAAGGCGUCAUAUCCAAAAGGGAGUUCCAUAAAUCGAUGGAAAGCCAAAAGCAAUACACGCAGUCGGAGAUCGAGUUCCUACUGUCCUGCGUGGAGGCGGAUGAGAAUGACAUGUUCCACUACGAAGAGUUUGUGGAACGUUUCCACGAACCAGCCAAGGACAUCGGCUUUAAUGUGGCCGUGCUGCUCACAAAUCUUUCCGAGCACAUGCCUCACGACUCACGCCUGUCCACCUUCUUAGACCUGGCUGAAAGUGUGCUUAGCUACUUUGAGCCCUACCUUGGCCGUAUCGAGAUCAUGGGUGGCGCCAAAAGGAUUGAAAGGGUUUACUUUGAGAUCAGUGAGUCCAGCAGAACCCAGUGGGAGAAGCCUCAGGUCAAAGAGUCUAAACGACAGUUCAUCUUCGACGUGGUGAAUGAAGGCGGUGAGAGCGAGAAGAUGGAGCUCUUCGUAAACUUCUGUGAGGACACCAUCUUUGAGAUGCAGUUGGCGUCUCAGAUUUCCGAGCCGGAUGCUGCCGAGCGUCCCGAGGAGGAUGAAGAAGAGGAGUUGCACAGUCUUCUCGACGGGUUAUCUGAGGAGGACGAUGCCUCGCUUGAGUCUGCCUCCGCCUUCACCGCCGCAUGUGUGUCUGUGAAGAAAAGCGUGUCUAAUUUCCGUCAAAUGCUGACUUUAAAGACUAUGCGCAAACAGUUCAAGAAAUUCAAGAAGCUGACCAUCCGAGAGAUGAUUACAGGCUUCUUCUCUUUCUUCUGGAUGCUCUUCACUGGGUUCUUUAAAGGCAUUUUUGGAGUUGUCUUCGGGUUCUUCCAUAUUAUUUGGUCGUCCAUGUUUGGAGGGGGGCUUGUAGAGGGGGCUAAAAACAUGAAAGUGACUGAUAUCUUGGGUAACAUGCCUGAUCCUACACAGUUUGGAAUCCAUGGUGAUGUUUUGGAAGCAGAGAAGAUCGAAAGCCAUGAGCUGGUGGUGUCGGCAGAUAUGGUACAGAUGACAGGCACUGGUGGGGAGAAGCUGGAGCCCGAUGUGAUCAUGGAUCUCCUCAAUCCGUCAGGAAAGAAAGAGGGGAAACAUGGAGCAGAACAUGGUCUGGGUGAUGUCUGUGAGAUACUUUCUGAGGCUAGUGCUCCUGUCAUGAAAACUCAGAAGGUAGCUGCGAACAAGCCUGAAUCUGAACCAGAGAAAGCAGACACUGAGAACCAAGAGAAAGAGGACAAGGCUAAAGAGGAAACAACAGAGGAAAAAGCAUCUGCCAAACCAACUCCAAGAGCCAAACGUGGCUCAAAAAAAGAUGAAUCUCCAGCCUUCAUGGCCAGCUUUAUUGCAGGGCUUGAAAUCUACAAAACCAAAAUGCUGAAUUACCUGGCUCGUAACUUCUACAACCUACGUUUUCUGGCUCUUUUUGUGGCCUUUGCCAUCAACUUCAUCCUGCUCUUCUAUAAGGUGACUGGAGACUUUGAUGAUGAUGAUGAUGAUGAAGGAUCCUGGAGUGGAGCAGAAGAUGAAGGUGAUGAAGAUGAUGAAGGAUCGGAAUACUUCAUUCUUCAGGAGAGCACUGGUUAUAUGGCGCCCACUUUGACUUUCUUGGCUGUGUUUCACUCAGUCAUCUCCUUGCUUUGCCUCAUUGGUUAUUAUUACCUAAAGGUUCCUUUAGUUGUUUUUAAGCGUGAGAAAGAGAUCGCCAGAAAGCUGGAGUUUGAUGGUUUGUAUAUCACCGAGCAGCCGUCUGAUGAUGAUAUCAAAGGACAGUGGGAUCGUUUGGUUAUUGCGACUCCGUCAUUCCCUAACAAUUACUGGGACAAGUUUGUUAAGAGAAAGGUUAUCAAUAAAUAUGGUGACUUGUACGGAGCCGAGCGCAUAGCUGAACUUCUGGGUUUGGAUAAGAGCGCACUAGACUUCGACCCCACUGAAGAGGCUGUGGUGAAGGAGGCAUCUCUACUGUCCUGGUUGAGCUCUAUUGAUACCAAGUAUCACAUCUGGAAGAUGGGAGUAGUGCUAACUGACAAUUCUUUCCUCUAUCUGAUCUGGUACACCACCAUGUCUAUUCUGGGACAUUACAAUAACUUCUUCUUCGCCGCUCAUUUGCUGGACAUCGCCAUGGGCUUCAAGACCUUAAGGACUAUUUUGUCUUCCGUGACUCACAAUGGCAAACAGUUGGUGUUGACUGUGGGGCUUCUGGCGGUCGUGGUCUAUCUGUACACCGUGGUGGCCUUCAAUUUCUUCCGCAAGUUCUACAAUAAGAGCGAGGAUGAGGACCAGCCUGACAUGAAGUGUGAUGAUAUGAUGACUUGUUACCUGUUCCACAUGUAUGUUGGUGUGAGAGCAGGUGGAGGCAUCGGUGAUGAGAUCGUAGAUCCGGCCGGUGACCCCUACGAGCUCUACCGCAUUCUGUUCGACAUUACUUUCUUUUUCUUCGUCAUCGUCAUCCUGCUGGCCAUCAUUCAGGGUUUGAUCAUUGACGCCUUCGGAGAGUUGAGAGACCAGCAGGAGCAGGUGAACGAAGACAUGGAGACAAAAUGCUUCAUCUGUGGAAUCGGAAAUGACUACUUCGACAGAACUCCGCAUGGCUUUGAGACCCACACCUUACAAGAGCACAAUCUGGCCAACUACCUAUUUUUCUUGAUGUAUCUGAUCAACAAAGAUGAGACUGAACACACUGGUCAGGAAUCGUACGUUUGGAAGAUGUAUCAGGAAAGAUGCUGGGAUUUCUUCCCAGCCGGAGACUGUUUCCGUAAGCAAUAUGAGGACCAGCUGGGCUAGAGGACAUGAUGCCCUCAGUCCUUAUAUGAGAGGAAUUACAACCGGCACAAUAUCCACAUCAUUUUAAGAUCGUGUGUUGGUUGGACACAACAUCCUCAACUAGCUCUCAUCAAAUGCUGCUUUCACAAUUUAUCUGAUCAAUCAAAACCUCAGCUGCUUCUAACACCAGACAUGACAGCAACUCAUUGCGAUCAAGCCAAAAAACAUGAACAGAAAUUACACAAACAACUGUGUUGACACAUUGCCAAAUUGGAACACAUCAUGUUUAUCCUUAAAUCGACGUUGUUGCCUCACAUGCUUCACUCUCACAGAUGCACAAGUUGUGAGAUGAGAUGUUGCCAUAUGUUUUUGACGAGUUGAAUGAACGUCUUAUGAAUAUGCACAAGAAUACCUUCUUAGUGUUCAAUGAGUGCCAAACAAGAUUUAUGCCUGUUUGAUCUCAAGAAAAAAAAGAAGACUAUAAUGAAUGUGCAACGCCUUCACAGAUGGUUAUCUGACUGGUGGAAUGAGAAAUAUUAUAGAUCAUCUACUAGAGCCCACUAGAUGUUUCUCAUACAUAAAAGUGCCUUAUGACAAGAAACUAUGCAAACAUUUCCUCCGGCUUGUAUGUUUUGUUAUUAAGCAUUUAGUUGCUCAUUUUAAUUAGUUAACUUUUAAGAAGAACAUUAAUGUUUAGUUAAAGUUAAAUAACUUUGAACUCACGUCUGCCUGAUCCUAUGUGCAGCACAAUUAUUAAACAAAAAGGGGAAAAAAGAAUUGAACAAGUCUGUAAACUGCUAUUGUAUGGCCAUUUUUAUGUAUGUAGAAGCUUUGGUGAUUGCAUUUGUUUGUCAGGGGGAAGAAAAUAAAGCCAAUGCAAUAAAUCCCAGCUGUUAACAGCAUUUAAUCUGACUGCAAAUAAAUCAGAUGAUGACUGCA